AUGCUGAUUGAUCAGGCCCGAGAGGAAAAGUCAAUGGAGAGGCGCCACGAGUAAGAUGACAGCGCAGUAGAGAAAACGCACGUGGCCUCCCGUGAUUGGCUGGCUCUUGUUUUUGGGAGUGUAGGCGCUCCCAACAAGAACGAAAACUUUGAGGGGAAAGGCUGUUUGUUUCUGAAGGAGGUGUGCUGCGUCGUCCAGUGCUUGGCUGCCCACGGAACACACGGUAGGGAUGUACCCAUCCGGUUCCGCACAAAAAAUCUUGUGGCAUCAAAAAAUUCUGACGUGGAUAAAAAGGUGUAGGACUUGGGGAAGGAAGUGACGGUCAGGGAAACUGGUAACCAUUGUUGGCUAGCUCAUUCUCUCAUCAGGCAUAGGUAAAACUCCACAGCAAUAAAUACAGUGAAUUUAAGGCUGAAUGCGCUGGCAUAUUUUAUUUUUUUCGACUUCUCAGUUUUUUCAUCGUGCUCCUUUCCCCCCACAGAAUGCGAUAUCCUUCCUGGGAAAUUCUCUCACAAAAGUCUCGUGGCUAGGCUGACGUCCACGCUUUAAGCCGCCUCAGUUUCGCUGAUCGGCGAAACUCGUCAGAAUUCAACUCUGGCCUCGCGAUUUCGAACCCUCACUCACCCAGCAUUGAAUUUUGCGGCUCUUGACGACAUCUCCUCAUUUUGACCCCAAACGUUCUGCCGACGCUCUUGGCGGAACCCUCUGUACUCGCUAUCUGCUAGUAGUUUAGUUGCAACUCCCUUGCCGCCUCCUCCGCUGGACUUGAAGUUGACUGUUACCGAUCGUGUCUGGGUUCUUCUCGUCUCGCCACUCUGACGUGAAUAGCCUUGUCCGGCAUGUGAAUUCCGCCUGGAUAAUGUCCAUUUCGAACCUUUUACUCAAUACCGCAUGCAGGCCAGUCCUGUCUGACCCGCAUAAUUACCCCUUCGUGAAAUCCGAUAUACACUGCCACAUUCAGGCUAGUCCUGCUCGCUUUUUAUCCUUUAAUGAGCGACAGUUUUUAUCCCAUAAUGUCGGCCCAGUCAUAUUCAUCUUAUUUAUUCGAUAGGAGCUUUUUUCACUGUUUGCCCAUCAUUCUUCGUAUCAGACUACUUAGUCAGACAACCAUGAGUAGAGUAUCGCACAGAUUCUGUCCACAUAGUCUUAAAUUCCUAUAACAAUGUAUUAUUUCUUGCUAUGACCGGACCCCACGGAUCUUGAAUAAAAAUUAUUUAUUUAUAUAAACGCCCAUUUGAGAGGAUGGACAAAACUAAAAUAUAUUAGUAUAUUCAACCUGGUUCAUCCUGCUGGCUUUGAAGAUCUUCCACGAGGAGGUGGUGGGGGAAUUAAAGACGGGUACUAUAACACGACAAAAACCACGGUACCAUCGCGGGUGGAAUUGGACCCCGGAAACUGUUCCCAGCUCGCGUUGUUAAAACAAACUGUGCUAGGACCGCCUGAUACAAUAUGACCGGCACCACAGUCCGUGCAGGUUCUAGCGCCUCCCGAAACCCACUGUCCUCUCGUUGCGCGACCCUGCACGUCCUGCCAGUGGCAGCUGUGAAUGUAAAAUGUCCGAGAAUCGUUAUGGUGAAGUCCCUGUAAGCUCCUGGAAAUCCCUUCUCGCCGGUGGCUUUGGCGGAAUGUGCACUGUUGCCACGGGCCACCCGCUUGAUACAAUUAAAGUCCGUUUGCAAACCAUGCCUCACCCCCUUCCUGGCGCAAGUCCGCUUUACCACGGUGCUAUUGACUGCGCCCGUAAAACUAUAAUGCACGAGGGACUUCGGGGUCUUUACAAAGGGAUGGGAGCCCCAUUAAUUGGUGUGACGCCCAUGUUUGCCGUCUGCUUCUUUGGAUUCAACCUCGGGAAGGAGUUAUUUUCCAAAGAUCCGGAUCGUAUAACGUAAUUCGUGUUGUUUAUUAUGCCUGUAGGAGACCCGAGAUCUUUUGUGCCGGUUUGCUCUCUGGUGUAUUCACAACAGCUAUUAUGGUUCCUGGGGAAAGAAUAAAGUGUAUCUUGCAGGUAAGUUUUCCAUAGUCCCGUUUUUCCGAAAAUCCACUUUUGCUGUCAAACUAGCGUGGUUCCAUGGUCCGAUUACUAUUGACUGAUUCCAUCCAAGGGUCAUUUUUUUCGUUUGUACUCGACAUCCAUCUAUCUCCGCGUGCUUAAUUUCGUUCAUGAAAGCCGAUUACUCUUGCUUCCAUUCAAAGUGGUUAUGUCAGCAUUAUUUUUUUCGGAACGAAUCGAAGUCGAGCACGUUUUUUUUAUCCGGAAUUUGCAAGCAUUUCCGUGCUGAUUGAACUUGGGUCGCCGAAAGUAACCUCGUCGACCUGCGGUUUGCGAAUUCUUUACACGUGGUCCUCUGUUAACUUUCUCUCGCCAAUAAUAAAAUAGUGACCUGUCCACUUGCCUAGCGUGAACGAUAAAUGUGCCGUCCACUAAUCCACACGAUUCCUUAAUUUUUGGCAACGCGGACCAGAAGAUGUUGAACAUGUACUUUCAAAUCGAGGAUGAGAGUCGAAGCAGUCAAAGCAUACACGACAACCAUUCAUGAAUUAGUGCAACUGUUCUGCUAUUCUUGAGCGUGUUAUGGAGAAAAUUUCUUAACUUAGGGAAUGCCCACGUAUUCGGAGUUGCUAGUUACAUUUUCUGUUAAGGUGAUACCCACUCUACAGAGAAACGUUAUACACUGGUGCCCAAGGAUUGUACUCGCGUGUAACUGUGGUCACCGUCGCUCCUGUACACUCCGACGAUGGGUUUUUAUUACAUACAGAGAUGGUUUCCCGUGACGAUCUUUACACAACCGUGGAGUUUGUCUCGACUUAAGGUCUUACGUCCAGUUUUGGCGUGUCAGAGUGUUGAGCGGGAUGCGUCUACAAAUGCCGCAAAAAACCUCUGCAAGGAGGUCCGUUGCUCUCGACACUUAACUGCUUGGUUUUCUUAAUUAUCCCCUUCCAGCACCACAGACAGCAUAAAGUCCUCAGGUGCGCUAGCGACAGUCGCUUUCAAAAUUGGACGAACUACUUGUCCGCGGAACAAUAAACAGGUCCUACUACAGGUCCCUCCGCGAUGCAAGGUCAACAUCGGUGGUGCAAACGGUUCUACCCAUUCUUUUCCAAGAUCUCGAUUGUUUGUUUAAAAAACGGCCUACGAAAGGAAUGUGAUGUUUAAUAGCUCGAGGAUGCCACCACGGCUACUGACCACGAUCUGUCUCCAAACGCCGCCGUCCUGACACAGGCAUUAGCAGCUCUUAAGGCAUCUUUACUCGGAUGCAUGACUCAAAGUGAAGUUCCCAAACUUGAUGGGCUCUACCCCCCCUCCCCCUGACUGUCUUACUAAUCUAAGGGCACAUACAUUUACCUGUCGGCUCUGGGGAUCUUUCAUGUUGUAGUAAAACUAAGGGCAGAUUGAACGCUUGGUUAAGGCUUCUCUUCAGACAGAAUCUGCAACUGCCUCAGCGCAUGGUUUACUGGUCCCAAUUUGAGAAACAACAAUCAUGCUAACCGACCAAAAAGGCGUUAUCCUCAAUAUAAAUUUCCAAGAUCUAGUAAAAUACCACUUUUGAAUCAACCCUCUUAAUUCUCCGUCAAAUUCUUCAAGGUUGUCUCCGUUAUCACUGCAAUUUCCGGCCGCCGAUUAGCUUUAUCGUAGAACUCGUUUAUCACCGGUGCCGUCAGCAGCGGAAUGGCGUAUACUUCGUGAACCUUGCUGCGGCAUUUGACUGUUAGUCGAGAUUUUCCGUGGUUGGUCUGAAGCCACUGCGAUUAGUACACGCCUACUACCAUCCAACAAGCACUACAGCGCUGAGCAUUGGUGAAGGAGGAUGCUGCCGAGUUUAGCGUAUUUUAGGACUGUGUUCUUCCGCCGUCGUUCCAUUAUGUGACAUUUGGCUGUAGAGCACUCCCGUCUCAUGGAUCUUGGCUACAACUAGCUCAGUGCAGCGUGCAGUGCUCCGGAUAAGUAAAACACAGCCAAGGUAGGUUAUAAAUGAAGUAUACCCUAAGUCGAUUGUUCCGAAUUUCGUGGUCAGCCACUGUGACUGAAGUUACUGACAGGUGCUGCCGCCUUGUGCCAUCUCAGUAAAGCAAGCAUGGGGACUAUUAAGUUAAGGCUUUUUCAGGUAAUAGGUGUGGAGUCAGUGUAAAAAACCGGACUACGCGCACGAGGGUUCUGUGCGGACGUAGUACAUGGGCCUUAACUAGACUGGAGCAGGUACAAGGACAAUGGGUAUGAUUGCGAAUUGUUUCUAGACUAUAUCGUCCCUUAGAUAUUCUCAGUCUGUAUUCACGCUCGCUCCAACUGCCUUUAGGUCGGUGCAUACAAAAUUAAUUCCUUCCAAGCUUAUCUACCAUCCUUCGUGACCGUUCUGAAGUGCUAUCGAGAGUUUUCCUGUCCUUGAUAGAAGGGGUAAGUGAGGUAGUACGUGCGUCAUCUGUGUUGUUUACUUGAUGAACUGAACGAUUUUCCCUCGUUCUUAAUUGGAAAUUCGCAAACAAUAGAGAGCACCAGACUACCGGAUUCUGGGGUUUCUUCAACAUGCCUCUGAAAGUGUACAUGAGGUCACCCAACUCGGUCCAAUUCAUCUUCUCCCGUUUGUACAGAUUCAGGCUCAUUCCACUGGACCAAUCAAGUAUAAGGGUCCUGUGGACGUUGUUCGCAAACUCCACAGAGAAGGCGGCAUCCGCAGCAUUUACAAGGGGACAGCAGCUACUCUACUCAGGGGUGAGUCCGUGCAAGUAUAACAAUCUGCAUUUUGCAUUAAGUACUCCCGCUGUGUCAUCGAAUGCAAGACUGGGUUUGUCCGACACCUUUUAAUAAUUUCGGGUCAGAAAUCUCUUAAGUUAUACAGUGCUUGGUUCGAAUCUUACUGCCCGAUAAGAAUAGUCGGGAAAUUUGACGUCGCAUUCUUCACUUUUACCCAUUACGUGCAUUACUGCCACUUUAACUUCUGUUUCGAAUUUUUUGGGUCGUGAAACUUCUUGUCCACAGAAGCGGGUGAACUCGACAAGCAAUUGCCUCUUUUUGUGUGUACGCUAGCAUUUAACACCGCUCUCACGGCAGAUUGCCGCCUAACCCGUUUUCCAAAGGUCAUUAGACCGGAGUAGAAAAAAAGGUGUCUUCGGUAGCCAGCGUACUUCUCUACCUUUAGUAGGUGGGAGUAUCUCCUCUUAAAAGGGACAUUUGCCGCGGUCUCGCUUGCCUUAUUCGCAUUUCUCCACUUGCAGAUGUGCCCGCCUCCGGAAUGUAUUUCCUGAGCUACGAAUGGAUUAAAGAACUUCUGAUGCCUGAAAACUCAACGUAAGUACUUUUCCACAUCGCUGAAAUCACAGGUUGUACAGCACUCUCGCCAGCUGCAAAGGAAACCUUCAUUAGGAUUUGAUAGCAUGUCCUUCUAAGGCAGUAGAUUAUUGAUGUUCCAUAGUUCUUGCUUGAGGAUAUCGUUAUAAGCUAAAGCCUCUCUAGUGCAAGUCCCCUGUUUGUCGAUGAUUUAAAUAGUCGUCAUGCCCUUGGCUGCUAGUGACUUAGUAGAUCUGACUUAACCAGUCCUUCUGACUGGGUUCUGCAAAACCUACCUCUACCACAAAGAAAACCCGGGUGAAAAUACGUCUUUUUAUUUUUAAACAGCAAAUCGGAUCUCGGUGUACCUCAGACCCUGUUUGCCGGUGGCAUGGCGGGUAUAUUCAACUGGCUUGUUGCGAUCCCACCUGAUGUACUGAAGUCUCGACUGCAAACAGGUUGGAAAUUUAUCGUCUUUUCCGACACUGCCCUUUAUGUCCAUUUAAAUGACGUACCUUGCAGUCUAGCACGGACCCUAAAAGAUGGCCACCAAUUUCGACUCUCACAGUACACUCAGAUGCCCAAGCAUUCCGUGGUUUUGCUAGUCUAGCUACUGAUGACUGUUUGCCCACCCGGGGCUCAUAAACCGCCGAGGCUGAUUUAUCCACUGCAAGUUUCCAGCUAUACUCUCGGACACUUGUUCCUGUUGUAUUUUGAGCAGAACAUCGGUUGUUAAUUAUUUGAAUUCAUUUUAAUACGUUUGAAACUUCGCGGCCUCUUUCACCAGCUUUUAGUGCUCCGAAAUGCGUUAAGUCUGUCCUUGUACUCAUGACCCCGCCCAUUAUGCGUGGUUCACAUGACUCCAUGCUCCAAGUCCCUCACGGCUGUUUUCCAAUUCAAUAGGUCUGCCCCACUCAGCAGGCCUAGAAGUGCAGUCGAGAUCAUCUCCCGAUACGCCCCUCCAUGUCUGCGUCCAGCAUCGUUGGCGGUCAGAGUCAGAUCCAGACUUGGUGCUGCGCCGAACAAUUUUGCCUUCAGCGCGUGGCCUGGCCAUCUCGAUCGACAAUUAUGGAGAACGUGGUUUAUUAGUUGUACUCCCGAUUGCUUCCAUGACCCUCUCGGUUAGACAGUCUGGAAGUCAAAUAUGGGGAAGCGAUGUAUCUGUCUUCCAUAGGUCAAACGGUCGCAAGCAUCUUAUAUAUUCUCAGCCCAUGAGCCGUCUUGCGUCAAUAUGGAAGGAUAACCCCAAGAGAGGUUCCGUUUACCGUGGGUCAAGUCUUCCGACUGACUUCUCAUAGACCUGGUUGAUUCGGUUUUACAGUUCAUCAUUAUUAAAAAAAAAACUAGUCCAAGGUAUAAGAAACUGCCUGCAAGCUCACGGGGGACGCCUUAUCUGAGAAGAAAAUCACUAAGACCGCGGAGUCGACCGCAUGAUUUACUUUCACAUCAGGACAAUCGGCGAAUGUGUGCUGAAGAGCCCAGUCCAUCGCAUACUUAAACAGUGUUGGCCGAGACAGUUCUGACAGAUGUUGGAGAUGUUAUCAAUGAAGUCACUCGCCCUACCACUCAGUUUGCCUGGGGCAUAUGUUCUACAAUAAUUGGUUCGGUUCAGGCUAGACAACUGCUUCAUGCCUGCAUGGUCUACCACAGGUAGUUCCAGCAAACUGAGCAAAAAUGAAGCGACAAGAUCACGCCGCAUAUUACGGUGAAUUUCUCAUAGCAUUAGUUGUAUUUGUAAGUUCUCUGGGUUAAUGAAAACGGACCCAUAGGACUGCGGCUCGCUCGAUAGCGCCACUGUUUUCGCAUGACAGGCACGAGCAGAAGUCACUCGCGCGGACGAGUGGGAAUAUUUCAGUAGCGACUGUAGUAAUUUCACCGGGCACUUUUUGCGGUCGUACUCCGCUGCUGCUGAUGCUGAUCCUUUUUUCUCACCAUAUUUUAGCCCCCGAGGGCCGGUAUCCAAAGGGUAUCCGCUCGGUAUUCGCGGAAAUGAUGGCUAAGGAGGGCAUAUUCGCGCUGUACAAGGGUGUUACACCUGUUAUGGUCCGUGCUUUUCCGGCAAAUGCUGUAAGUCCCUUCGUCUAUUAAUUUCCAUUUUCCAGUUAGUUCCGUGA